AUGAGACAGUUUUGUAGCACAAAUCCAUAUUGCGUUGGUUUUCUUGCUUUUAUUACUUCCUCAGCUAUAGCUUUCUUGUCUCUCACAAAUCACCACGACGCUUCUUUCGCUUUGCUUUCUCGGCUUUCAACUUCUCUGCCACCUUCCAUUCCUAACCCUAUAACAGCUCUCUACCCCACUUUCAAUAAUGCAAAAAUGCAAAGAGCAAUGGCGAAUCUGAUAAAGGAGUUGAAAACAGAAACAAAAGAAGCAGGUCUUUCUAGUGCCAGAGCUUUAAUAAGAGAAGCCCUUCUCAUGAAUGGCGGCAAUGAGUCACCAUAUGAAGAUGCAGAUUACGUUCCUCAGGGGAACAUUUACAGGAACCCCCAUGCCUUUCACAGGAGUUAUUUGCUAAUGGAGAAACUUGUGUACAAAGAAGGAGAACCGCCUCUAUUUCACUAUGGUCCUUGCAAGAAUAUAUACUCAAUGGAAGGCAUGUUCAUUAACCUAAUGGAAGCAAACAACCAUUUUCAAACUCUUCAUCCUGACAAAGCUCAUGUCUAUUUCCUUCCCUUUAGUGUUGUUAUGAUCCUCGAACACCUUUUCGAUCCAAUCAUUCGCGAUAAGGCCGUCUUGGAACGCAUUGUUCGUGAUUAUGUUCGUACUGUAUCGACAAAAUACCCAUACUGGAAUAGAAGCCUUGGAGCUGAUCAUUUUAUGCUUUCAUGCCAUGAUUGGGGGCCUCGAGCUACAUGGUACGUGCAUCAAAUGUAUUUCACUUCGAUACGAGUAUUAUGCAAUGCAAAUACAUCUGAGUUCUUUAAUCCAAGAAAAGAUGUACCACUUCCAGAGAUCAAUCUCCUCACAGGAAACAUUAAUGGACUUACUGAAGCAUUGCCCAAGUCAAACAAGACAAUUUUAGGGUUCUUUGCAGGACGAUCACACGGUCGAAUUCGGCCUAUACUUUUCCAACACUGGGAAGAAAAAGAUGAAGAUAUAAGAGUUUACAGCAAAAUUCCACCAGAAUUAUCUUAUGAUGAAAUGAUGAAGAGGAGCAAAUUUUGCUGUCCUAGUGGUUAUGAAGUUGCAAGUCCAAGAAUUGUGGAGGCUAUAUAUGCAAACUGUGUUCCAGUUUUGAUCUCACAAAAUUAUGUGCUGCCCUUUAGUGAUGUUCUUGAUUGGGAUAAGUUCUCAAUUCAAGUUUCAGUAAGUGAAUUACCAAACUUGAAAAAUAUUUUACUAGGAAUUUCUGAGGAAAGAUAUGGAAAAAUGGUAGAGGGAGUGAGACAAGUGCAAAGGCAUUUUGUCAUAAAUGAUCCACCAAAGAGAUAUGAUGUGUUUCACAUGAUUGUUCACUCCAUAUGGUAAAGGAGAUUGAAUGUCAGAAUACAUGGUUAAAUUAAGUUUCUUGAUUUCAAAUCACAAUGCAUAUGGAUUAAAACACUAAAGGGCAGCCCGAUGCACUAAUCUCCCGUUAUGCACGUGGUUUCGGGAAGGAUCGGACCACAAGGGUCUAUUAUACACAACAGCCUUACCCGGCAUUAAAUUUCUUGAUUUCAAAUCAUAGUGCAUACAGAUUAAAACACUAAAGGGCAUCUCGGUGCACUAAGCUCCCGCUAUGCACGGGGUCCCGGAAAGGAACGGACCACAAGGGUCUAUUAUAUGCAAC